CUCUGCGGAGUGUAUGCUGAUUACGUGCAGCCCCCGCUCGCUGUCUUCAUCACCACUGGCUGCUCUGUUGACUUCGUUAUCAACAUCUUCCUCACCAUCCUCGGUUACAUUCCUGGGAUCAUCCACGCUUUCUACGUCGAGUACAAGUACGCCCGUCUUGAGCGUGAGGCCGCUGCUUUUGAGGCCGGUACCAUCGCUCCUGUUCCUACGGCGUAUUGA